UCUCGGAAAAGGAACAAGGGAAGGAAGGCGCAGACGCAGAGAGAGAGAGAGAGAGAGAGAGAGAGAGAGAGAAUGGAGAGCACCGGGGAGCUGGUCGAAUUUCCGUUGCUGAUCGACUCAAAUUAUAGGGCAUGCACCAUCCCCUACAGAUUUCCUUCUGAUAAUCCCAGAAAACCAACCCAAACUGAGCUUGCUUGGAUUGACCUCUUCCUCAAUUCCAUCCCCUCUUUUCGAAAACGAGCGGAGAGUGAUGAGACAGUUCCUGACUCGCAUAUAAAAGCUGAAAAGUUUGCUCAAAGGUACACUGAAAUACUGGAAGAUUUGAAAAAAGACCCGGAAAGUCAUGGUGGUCCUCCUGAUUGCGUACUUUUAUGCAGGCUCCGAGAGCAAGUCCUCAGAGAAGUGGGUUUCAGAGAUAUAUUCAAGAAAGUUAAAGAUGAAGAAAAUGCGAAGGCAGUGUCCUUAUUUGAGGGUGUCAUUCGUCUUAAUGAUGCUAUUGAGGAUGGAGCUAAGCGUGUAGAGAAUUUGAUUAGAGGAAUAUUUGCAGGGAACAUUUUUGAUCUUGGCUCUGCACAGCUUGCAGAAUUAUUCUCAAAAGAUGGAAUGUCCUUUUUGGCUAGCUGUCAAAAUCUUGUCCCUCGACCAUGGGUAAUUGAUGAUUUGGAUGCUUUCAUGCUAAGAUGGGGCAAAAAAUCUUGGAAAAAGGCUGUCAUUUUUGUUGAUAAUUCUGGAGCAGAUAUUAUUUUGGGUAUAUUGCCAUUUGCAAGAGAGUUACUAAGACGUGGAACACAGGUUGUCUUGGCAGCUAAUGAGUUACCUUCCAUUAAUGAUAUAACUUACCCUGAACUAAUGGAGAUUAUAUUGAAGUUGAAGGACGAACAUGGGCAGCUUGUGGGUGUCAAUACCUCGAAUCUAUUGAUUGCCAGUUCUGGUAAUGAUUUGCCGGUUAUUGAUCUUUCUGGAGUAUCACAGGAACUUGCCUACCUGGCAAGUGAUGCAGACUUAGUGAUUUUGGAAGGAAUGGGCCGUGGAAUCGAGACAAAUCUCUAUGCUCAAUUCAAAUGUGAUUCCAUUAAAAUUGGGAUGGUGAAGCACCCGGAGGUUGCACAGUUCCUUGGGGGAAGGCUGUACGAUUGUGUUUUCAAAUACAAUGAAGUUUCAAGUUAAUUGUCUGUGCUUGGGGGCUGGUAUUAUUUAAACAUUAUGGAGUAAACUGAGACUUUUGUUUGCUCAGCAAGUUAGUUUAGCAAUUUCACUGCGGUUCCCCCUAACAUAAAAUGCCGUUUUCAGGGGGGUACCCCACCCUACUUCUCCCCCUUUUGACCCAAGAAUAAAAAAGCACGGUGAUGCUUCAGGUUCAGGGAGGGAAAUUUGGUUGGGCUGGGAUAUCAUUAUUUUUGUGCGUGCAGGACAUAUGCAUACACGUUUAUGCUUUUACACUGUUGAGUUUAUAUGAAACUUCCUCAUGUCCUACAUUGUUUUUCAUUGUUUA